AUGCAACACCAAAACAAUGAAGAAAACAUUAUAAUGAUAACAGUACAACCGUCAAAACGCAUAAAACGAUCAUCAGAGCGAAAAAUGCCACUAAACUUACGAAAUAAUACUUCUAAACGAACACCCGAACGACGAAGCGCAGAAAGAAGAAACACCAAAGUAACCAGAUGUAAAAAAAAUAGGUGA